AGAUAAGUUUCAUUUCAUCUGUUCAGCACAGUUCAACCUAUCAAGCUACAAUGACUGGUCGCGGCAAGGGAGGCAAAGGUCUUGGAAAAGGAGGCGCCAAGCGUCAUCGUAAGGUUCUGCGUGAUAACAUUCAGGGCAUCACCAAGCCUGCCAUCCGUCGUCUGGCUCGCCGUGGAGGUGUAAAGCGAAUCUCUGGGCUGAUAUACGAGGAAACCCGAGGUGUGCUGAAGGUGUUCCUAGAAAACGUGAUCCGGGAUGCCGUCACCUACACAGAACACGCAAAGCGCAAGACCGUUACGGCUAUGGAUGUCGUCUACGCUUUGAAGCGACAAGGACGCACUCUGUACGGUUUUGGAGGUUAAAAACCAACAUCAUCAACUCUGGCA